GGUAAACAAUAGAUACAUUUGGAUAGUGAAUUCAAGUUAAUCUAAAGAUACAUUAAUGUUAUAUGUCACACAAAUACUAGUUUUAUUCCAUAAUAGUUUCUUGUAGUGAAAGAAUGAAAAUUGCUAUCGAGAUGUGUAAAACAAUAAAGCGGAAAGUGAACAAUAAUUGAAUACAAGUGCCAGUCAGUUUAGAUAAUAAAUCAUAGUUUGUCAUAAGACAACAAAUAGAAAACAAGUUAAAAUAUAAGAUUAAUACAGGACACAACACAAGGGAAGAAAGGCAACACAGCUACAGUCAGGCUUCACAUACCAAACACUCGACCAGAAAGAAACAAAAAACAAAUGGUUGUGCUAGUUCUUAAAAGCAAUUUAGCGGUUCUUUCUAUUUCUAAUUAAAUUAUUACAAGUCGAUAUUGUGUAAAUACACUAAUCACGUUUUAGGACAGCAGGCACACAAUCUCGGGAAUUUGGAGACCCCAGUAUUUCGCGCAUUGCCAGAUUCCCGUAUGAGUUUAUGAUUGAUUUGUCGAUGUAGAAAAUAAAAAUACAUUUAUCAGUGAGCUAAGCUAAACACACUCCGUCUCCAACCCUUUUAUUUUAUCAGCGUGUUUCUUGGGCUACAUUUUUACAACAGGAAUAAAUCGCCUUCGUGUAAAGUACGUCUUUUUAAUUUCAUUGCGCACAUUCAAAAUAAACGGAUGUAUUAUAAACUUAUGAGUUGAGACCUGUGUGACAAAUACAAUCAAACUAAAUAAACUUCUUCCGAAUAUCCGAAUUAAUAAGAACUACUUGCGCAUCACAGCACACUAACACAAGGAACAGCAUUGGUUUUUAUUGCCUACCGUGACGCCAGCUGUUUUACUGUAGCAAUGCUGUUUCCCCCUGCCACCUACAGUAUGUUAGCGGCUCUAAGGUAUUGUGUUGUUACGAGCGGCUGAAAGAAUGGUUAGUCCCCAACCAUCAGCUCACGCAGUGCUGACCCUGCACGCAGUACACGGGAGGCGACAGAGGCAAACUUUUUAAAAACCGUGGAUUUACUGAAAUGCGUAGCGCGUAUGGAUGACUGUGGGUGUGUGUAUGAGAGAGAGAGAGAAUUGGAGGGAGAGUGAGUGAGAGAGCAAGCGAGAAAAUGAUAAAAGAGAGAGAUCACACUUCAAGAGAGAAGGAAAAAGAUCACCGUGUGCAACAAACCGCGAGUUCGAGUGUUGAGAGCUAUGCUUCUGCCAUUGUACUGUUCAUGAGAAAUCAUUUGACCUGGGACUUGAUGACAAGACUAUGAAUACGGAGGGUUUUAAACCACCAGAGUGAAGCAGCGGUGGAUGUGUGUUGGAUUUAAAGGGCUCUGAAAUUAUUUGCAAGGCACCUUAACUUACAGGUUCUUAAGUGAACAAAUUGUAGGCUUUAAGUAAAGAGAUUUUUUUCCGUUUUAAUAUUACCUGCAAUUUCGCGAAAUCAGACCCAGUCGACUGCAUAUACAGUGUAUGAAACUACUGUUUCUUUUUUUCAAGAGAAGGUGAGAACGCUCCGAAGCGCGAGUGUAAUCAAAGUCGGCACUUCUGAGCAGGAGAGUGAAAAACCUGCACCGACUGUUCUUCGCUGCCAAGAAAAAAUUGGAUCAGUGAACCUCCGUUCGUUUCAUCUGGCUUAUUAUUUCCAGUCGCCUUUUCUGAACAAGUCUUCGGAGCUGUAGCAACGGAGAACCUGAACAUGACUGAGAAACUCGGAGCAGUCCAAACACCAGACACGAAGAUGAAUAUUAGAGGAGUAUUUGAGGAGAUCUCCCAGUCCCGGCCGUCUUUGCAAAACGUCCUGCUGGCGUCCUUGACGUUGCUGGCGGUCCUGCACUUUUCAAAAAGGUUCCAGCGCUGGAAAUACGCACACCGGCCUGGGCGGUCAGGUCCACCGGGCCCUUUUCCCUGGCCAGUCAUCGGGAACGCCGCUCAGGUUGGGGACGCCCCUCAUCUCUAUUUCGCACGAAUGGUAAGGAAAUACGGGCACGUUUUUCAGAUCAAGCUUGGCUCACGCACCGUUGUCGUUCUGAACGGAGAAGAGGCUAUCAAGCAGGCGCUCAUCAAGCAAGGUGCAGAUUUCGCCGGCAGACCCGACUUCACGUCUUUCAAAAUAGUGUCGAACGGCAAGAGCCUGGCUUUCGGCCGCUAUGGGGACGGGUGGAAAGUUCACAGAAAGAUCGCCCAAUCCACCAUCAGGGCGUUCUCCACCAGCAAUCCUCAAACCAAAACAGCGUUCAAACAGCACGUCAUCGUGGAGAUCAGGGAAAUGCUACACUACUUUCUGAGAAAAAGCAAGGAGGAAAAGUAUUUCCAGCCAGGGAGAUUUUUGACCGUGGCCACCGCCAAUGUAAUGAGCGCAGUGUGUUUUGGAAAAAGGUACAGCUAUGACGACGCCGAGUUCCAGGCAGUGGUUGGCAGAAACGACCAGUUCACCCAAACGGUAGGAGCUGGGAGCAUCGUCGACGUUAUGCCUUGGCUCCAGUACUUCCCAAACCCCAUUAGGACGAUGUUUGGUAACUUUAAGAGACUUAAUGAAGACUUUUACGCAUUUAUCCAAGACAAGGUCAUUCAGCACCGAAGUACUAUGAAGCCUGGUACCAUCCGAGACAUGACCGAUGCUUUCAUAUCGGCUCUUGACAAAGGUCUGACGGGUUCGAACGGUGUUCACCUGGGGAAAGAAUAUGUGCCAUCUACUGUAACGGACAUCUUCGGCGCUAGCCAAGACACACUCUCCACAGCCCUGCAGUGGAUCGUCCUGCUGCUCACAAGGUUCCAGGGGAUACAGAUGCGCCUGCAGCAGGAAGUGGACAACGUCGUUGGCAGGAGCCGCCUACCUUCCAUCGAGGACCAGGCCAGUUUGCCCUAUGUCAUGGCGUUUAUUUACGAAGCGAUGCGGUUUAGCAGUUUUGUGCCAGUCACUAUCCCUCAUUCCACAACCACCGACACCUCCAUAAUGGGGUACCACAUUCCCAAAGACACGGUGAUCUUUGUCAGUCAGUGGUCGGUCAACCACGAUCCGCAGAAGUGGCCUGACCCUGAGGCCUUUGAUCCCCUGAGGUUCCUGGAUGAAACUGGAGCCCUAAAUAAAGACAAGACAAGUAGUGUUUUGGUCUUUUCUCUGGGCAAAAGGAGGUGCAUUGGGGAAGAUCUCUCCAAAAUGCAUCUCUUCCUCUACACUUCACUCCUGGCACAUCAGUGCAACUUUAAGGCAAAUCCAAAUGAACCAGAGAAACUGGAUUACACUUACGGCUUAACCCUUAAGCCGACACCUUUUUCCAUCCACGUGACGCACAGGGACACUAUGGAGUUACUAGAUUCCUAUGUCAAGGAGUUGCAGAAAUCAGAAAGCAGCGCAUAAAUGACAGAACAAAAAAAUGUACAGUAAAUGCAAUUUUUAAUGAUGAAGGUUCCGAAAAAUACUGAAGUAGAUCUUGCUUUGUACAUUUGUGCCACCAGCGUUUCAUCAAUGAAUCUGUAGACUCAGGUGAAACUGAAUUAUCUUGCCUUUUAAUUAUAGAGGGCUCCAGAGCUAUAGCAAUUUAAUAUAUUUUUUUUUUUGUCAGCUAAACAAUGUUCUGAUGUGAGUGAAUAUACAGGUUUCAAUAGUGAGCAAAGAGCAGAAAAGGGAUAAAAUUGACCAGUUAACUAUCUAGCUGUGAUUCAUGCCGAGAGCAGAUGAUUUUAAUGAAUGGGUUCGGUGAUGUUGACAUCACACACAUGAAAGUACCAUGCAGUCCUGGUGAGAAAAAUACCGUCUUUUGAUGCUUUUUUAUGUAUUCACUUGCCAAGACAAGUGAAUACAUAAAAAAGCUGAUUUGCUUUACUUUGCACAUUAGUUUAUCCUCAUGGAUAAAAACGACCUCAUUUUAACUCUUCUUUUACUCAUAUCAACAACAUAUUAAGGUACAUUCCAUACUAAAAGAAUAAAGAUGCUAGAAGAACUGAAUUAAGUUUUGCACAUUAUACAGAAUGUUUAAAUUCAGUGCAGCGUAUUGCCUUUCACAGUAUUUUCAUUUAUUCUUGUGCUUUUUUGUGCAUUACCAGCAGAUGAAGUUUCAGGUCUCUAGUGUUAGAUGCAGCAACAAGAGAUUUGCAUGCUGUAUUGUACGACUACUCAAGUGAAAUUAGAAAACUUCUACAGUUUGUUCUUUUUUAUAACACUUUUAUAACAUUUUAAACUAAGCUAAGAUAAUAUGUACAGGGAAGCAAGUCAGGAACUUUGUUAAAAAAACAAAAGAGUAUGAAAAAGCCUGAAAGCUAUUCUAAUAAUGUUGAUUUGAAAAAUGUGGAAAAGCAGAGCAUCUUUGCAAAACAUAUUGGUUCACUCUUGCUUGAUCUCUGUUAUGAGCCAAUAUGUAUACAGAAGAUACACAAUUCAUUUGGAUUAUAGAACAGUAAGUUCACAUUUGGCACUGUAGUCAUCUAAAGUGAUUUUGACUUCAAAACCUAAUAAUUAACCUUAUUAUUGCUCUUUAACCCAGUUAGCCAAAAUAAAAUGUUAGCCUGUAUUUGUAUGUCAUUUUGGGCAUUGAAAGACUCUCAGAAUUUGAAAAUGAAUUAUGUACUAUGCACAUAUGCAUUUAUUUAAAAAUAGUUUAUAUUUCUAUAUACUAUCUUGUUAUAAGUUGUUUAUGAAACUGGACAACACCCUAAACCAUUGUUCAAAUGUCUUGGUUGUUAAGAAAUGUAUUUGUGUUUUCAUCUUAUUGCAAUAUUAGAAUAUUCCUGAAAACUAAAAUUUGUAAAAAAUGCCAAUAAGCAUCCAAUAAAUACCAGGCUGCAUUAGAUUUGAAUUUUUAUAUAAAUCUAUGGAAUUGCUUAAAUCUCUAAAAUCCAUUAAGGUAACUCUUAAUUAGCUGGCAACCAUUAGAUACAAUACAUAUGGUAUCUUCUCCUUUCAUUGUUAAAUUAUCUUGCAAGGUAUGCUUCACCAGUCUUCACUGGAUAAAUGCUUUUCAGGUUCAAUAAACAAAACCUCAGGGAUGAAUCAACUGUACAUAAUUCUUGAACUUAGCCUGUUUCUGUGAACUGCUGUAUAAAUAUACUUUAUGAA